AGGGAACUGGCAUGUGACAUCAAUGUCAAUAAUACGCUUGCACUGCAAAACACAAAGAUGAUCCGCACUUAUGUUGCACUUGAUCCACGUGUACGGCCCUUCAUCAUGAUCAUCAAGCAUUGGACCAAGCAACGCAGGCUCAAUGACGCAGCAAAUGGUGGCACCUUGUCAACAUACACGUGGACGUGUAUGGCAAUCAACUUUUUACAAAUGCGAGAACCACCUAUCCUGCCAGUCCUACAUCAGCUGACCGACAAAGAAAACGAAAACGACGAUGAUGAUGACGAGUUCAAGUUUUGCAUGGACGUGGAUGGAUUACGAGGAUUUGGCAAUGGCAAUUGCGAAAGUCUUGGAGGACUCUUGUUUGCAUUUUUCAGACGGUAUGCACAUGAAUUUGAUUACGAGGACCAGGUCGUGUCGGUACGCAGUGGACGGUAUUUGGCCAAGGUUGAGAAAGGAUGGCAUGUGGGACGGAAUAAGCCAGGUUUAUGUGUGGAAGAACCGUUCAACGUGUCACGCAACUUGGGUAAUUCGGCAGAUCAGGCGUCUGUCCAAGGAUUGUUGAUCGAGUUUCGUCGUGCUUGUCAUCUGUUG